AUGGCCCGUGCGGCAUCAAAGACCGACAGACCUCUCAAAAAGAUGAAGACACGACACGACAAGCCAGGAAAGCGUGCAGCGUCAUCAGAUGACGGAGAUUCACAGGUCGAAGAAGUCUCUGCGACAUUUGCAGCCGGCCAGCAGCGGCCGCACUCGCCGUUGCAUUCGCUCGCGACCCUCGACGGUGGCAUAGAAGACGACGAUGACUUUGUGCAAGCCCUCAUGGGAAAGCAAAACGCGAAAGCCAGCGCACAAGUUGGCAAAGCACUCAAGAUUCCCCAAAUUAAGAAAGCACCUGGCCAAGGUUCUUUUCAGAGCAUGGGCAUUCAGCCGAACUUGCUCAAGACCAUCUUGAUGCGAGGCUUCCACACGCCAACGCCUAUUCAACGCGCUGCCCUGCCGUCUAUUCUGGCUACGCCGCCUCGCGAUCUCGUCGGUAUGGCGCGUACGGGCUCAGGCAAGACACUGGCCUAUAUGAUACCACUGAUACAGCGCUUGGGCGGUCAGCACAGCCAGAAAUUCGGCGCUCGAGCGUUGGUCAUGGUGCCAACACGUGAGCUUGCGCUUCAGGUACUCAAAGUCGGCAAGGAUCUAUCGAGAGGCCUUAAGGAAGGCGACAGUGAAACGCUCCGAUGGGGACUUAUUAUCGGAGGAGAUGGACUGGAAGAGCAAUUUGGCUUGAUGGCUUCGAACCCGGAUGUCAUCAUCGCCACGCCGGGUCGGUUGCUUCAUCUGAUCGUCGAGAUGGAUCUCGAUAUGAGCUCGGUCGCUUAUGCUGUGUUCGACGAGGCUGACCGACUGUUCGAGAUGGGUUUUGCGACUCAGCUACACGAAAUUCUGCAUCGCCUGCCGCCGAGCAGACAGACUUUGCUCUUUUCGGCCACAUUGCCCACAUCGCUUGUCGAAUUUGCGAGGGCAGGACUACAGAACCCUAAACUUGUCAGACUGGACGCGGACACAAAGAUCAGCUCCGAUCUGCAGAUGGCAAUGCUGUCCGUCAAACCAACAGAGAAAGAAGCUGCUUUACUAUUGCUCUUGCGAGAUGUCAUCGGUGUACCUCAGUCACUGAAUCGACAGAAUGUUACAGACAUGUCCACAAGGCCAAAGGACAAGACUGCCAACAAGAAGCGUAAAUUCGAGACAGGCAAAGGCAAGGUCGAGCUCGCACCGCAUCAGACGUUGGUUUUCGUGGCCACAAAGCAUCACGUAGAAUACAUCUCAAUGCUUUUGCUUGAAGCCGGAUAUGCCGUCGCUUCAAUCUAUGGUUCCAUGGACCAGGAAGCCAGGCGAGGUCAGCUGAACAACUUUCGGGCAGGCCGAUCGAACGUCCUCGUCGUCACUGAUCUGGCUGCUCGAGGUAUCGAUAUUCCCAUUCUUGAAAACGUCGUCAAUUACGAUUUCCCGGCCGGCGCGCGCAACUUUAUACAUCGUGUUGGACGUACAGCCCGAGCUGGGAGACCUGGCUGGGCAUACUCGCUUGUGACAACCACCGAGCUGCCCUUCCUGCUCGAUCUGGAGCUCUUCCUCGGUCGUCCUAUCGCGGCUUGUCCUCUCAAGCAAACCAGUGCCGAGCGUAUCGACUAUUCCAGCCAGCUCGUGCUAGGUACAUUGCCCCGCGACCGAUUGGACCAAGAAGUCGAGCAUCUUGCUAGCGUUCUGCUGGGGCCAUCUGUCACUUUGCAGACGCUAAAGAACGUUGCUCGCAAGGGCCAGAGAAUGUACGAGAAGAGUCAGCCUAAAGCAAGUGCUGCGAGUCACCGGCGAGCAAAGGACAUGAGCCAGCUCGGUGACGGUCUCGCAGGGGCGGCAAAAGAAGCAGCGUCUAUGCAUCCUGUCUUCCGCGUAAGCGAUGCCGGCUCUGCGCAGGCUGAUGAAGCUGCCAGCCGAUCGUCAUUGCUCGCUGCACUGACAUCUUUCAGACCUGCCGAGACCGUGUUCGAGAUUGGCAGCAGAGGGAAGACGCCCGCGGCUCAGCUGAUGAGGCAGAGAAGGCAAACUUUGGGCAAAUCACUAGCACGACGGGCAGAGCAAGACGCACAGGCCGGCGCGUUGGAGGAAGAAGAGGACGAUGCGAUUGACGUUGAAGAUUCUGCGCCUACUCAGCCCGCAGCAGACGAAGCCAUGAUCGAGGACGUCUUCGAGACUGCACCUGAGAAGGGAAAGAGCGCGUAUGCCGAUCCAUCCUUCUACAUGGGCUAUACUCAGGCAGGAGCCGCCGAUGAGCGAGGAUAUUCUAUGCGCGAAGAGCCUGGUAAUUUUGCAGCCCAGGCAAGAGGUGUGACAUUCGACAUCGUCGACGAUGAGGCAAAUCCGAUGGCCCCCCAGCGAGCGAGCAUGCUCCGAUGGGAUCGCAAGAAUCGGAAGUUUGUAAAAGGAGACGGAACUGGCAGCGACAACCAGAAGCUAGUAAAGACAGAGAGCGGUGUCCGCUUGCCCGCGAGCUUCAAGGCAGGGCAUUACGAUGAUUGGCGAAGGAAGCAGAAGACUUCUCUACCUCGUGUGGGUGAUCAGGAGCUGCCUUCUCGCAAUAUGGGAGGUGCGAUGCGCUACCGACACAAAGCUGGGCCUGCUAAGGAGGAUUCGAGCGCUAAUGACAAUGCACGACCGUACAAAGGCAAGAAGCGCUUCGACGUCAAGUCUGACACCAAGACGAAGUCCUCCGGCAACCGACGAGCAGGGCAUCAGAAUGCGGGCAAGCUGAAGACCCCCGAUCAGAUCCGCAAAGAAAGGGUGCAGAAGGAGAACCGCAAGCGACGUUCAACUCAGCCGAGCAAGAAGAAGCGCUGA